CUUCAGGCACGUGAAAAUAGAUAUGAAGUUACAUUCCAAGAACCAGAUACGCCCUGGAAGUUCAAUGUGCAAGAACUGACAAGAAGAAAUAUUCAUCAUGUCCCUCGACAAAAGAUAGAAUGGAUGAAGGAACAAUACGAGCACAAUGUUACCUUCCACAGUGUUCUUCAGUCUGAGAAGCCAAGCCGAGAUGAGAGAAGCUCUAGGGGACCAGGUGCAGCUUACAGGAUGGGUGCCCAUUCCUACCCCCCGCCAGCCUUCUCAAACAGAAGACCUCACGUGGCACGUACAAACACUGUGUCAUUCAACUGA